AUGUGCUCUCACGCUCUCUCUCACGUGCUCUCUCACCCGCUCUUUUACACGCUCUCGCAUGCGCACUCGCAUGCGCACUCUCACGCGCUCUCUCACGCGCUCUCUCACGCGCUCUCUCACGCGCGCGCGCUCUCUCACGCAACUCUCACGCGCACUCUCACGCGCACUCUCACGCGCUCUCUCACGCGCUCUCCCACGUGCUCUCUGACGCGCUCUCUCACGCGCACUCUCACGCGCUCUCUCACGCGCUCUCUCAUGUGCUCUCACGCGCUCUCUCACGUGCUCUCUCACCCGCUCCCUCACCACUCUCGCAUGCGCACUCUCACGCGCUCUCUGACGCACACUCUCACGCGCUCUCUCACGUGCUCUCCCACCCGCUCUCUCACGCGCUCGUGCUCUCUCACACGCACUCUCACGCGCACUCUCACGCGCACUCUCACGCGCUCGCUCACGUGCUCCUCACGCGUCUCUCACGCGCUACCUCACGCGCUCUAA